GGAGCAAAGAACAACUCUCACCUCGACUUCUCCUCUUCUCUUCUUAUUUUCUUUCGUUUAUUUCCAUAUAGAAAAACUCCUACAUUAUCAGCAUAAAGAGAGCUUCUUGUAUCUACAUAAAAUGAAGGACUCAAUAAGAGUCACCUUCCUUGGCCCCGCGGCUUCAUUCUCUCACCAGGCUGCUAUUGAUAGCUUUGGCAAGGAUGAUUCCGUCUCUCUAUUCCCAUCUGUCUCAUUUGCCGAAGCAUUCUCUGCGAUCCAAAACAACGACGCUGACUAUGCUGUGAUCCCCAUUGAGAAUUCGACCAAUGGCUCCGUUGUCCAAACAUUGGAUCUUUUGGCGGACCGACAAGGAUCCAAUGAAGAUGUUAUAGUCUGCGCAGACUAUUUCUUGACGGUACAACAUUGCCUCAUCGUAGGAGCUAGACCGGUCAAUAAGCACAAGGAAGACUCCUUCAAUUCGAUAAAUAAACUGUAUACACAUCCUCAAGCUUGGGGCCAAUGUGAGAAGUUCCUGAGUCAGCACUUCCGGGGUAUAGAACGGCAGGAUGUCUCUUCGACAUCGAAAGCCGUUGAGAUCGUCGCAAAGGAGACUUCGGGUCGCGAAGCUGCAAUCGCUAGUAAACUAGCCGCCGAGCACCAUGGAGCAUUCGUGUUGCAAGAGCAUAUUGAAGAUCGAGCAGAUAAUACAACACGAUUUCUGGUCCUCAGGAACAGGCUAUCCAAGCAAUCAUCAAACAUCACUAGUUUUCUCAAGACUGGUUCCGACACAGACGAGCCGAAGAAGAAGAGAAAGUCACUUAUAUCCUUCAUGAUUGAGCAUUCUGCACCAGGAGCACUGGCUGAUGCUUUAGCAGUCUUCAAAAAGCAUGGUCUGAAUCUCACCAGUAUCAACUCGAGACCUAGUCUCAUACGGCCAUGGCAGUAUAUCUUCUUCGUUGAGUGCGAGCAUGUACCAACUGCAAACGAUGAAACGUGCAUAUCCGAUAUCUUAAAAGAAUUGGGAACUAUAUGCCAUGCAUGUAGGAGUAUAGGAAGCUGGAUUGAUGGGCGUGAUUUGAUAGCUUGAGGAGACAUACAGCGCGGCAAUGGCAUUCGGGACAU